AUUAUUUGGGUGGUUAAAAAAAAAAAAAUGAAUAAAUAAAUAAAAAAAAUCCGUUCACGUUUGCGUAGUAGUAUCAGCUCGUUUAUCCGGUACUUAAUUCGGAAGCGAGACACGACAUCGGCUCUUCUUCAUCCGUACUGCAACGAGCCACACCACCUACUCUCCACCCGCACGGUCGUACCGCGGGACGACGCGUCGCGUCGGACAACUGUCGCGUCCCAGUGAACGACGGUCCCGGCGAACGGCACAACGUACGAGUUCGAUCCGCACAGAUCCGUCUUAUCAUCGUUGCCCUGCAGCUUCGCAGUUCGCACGCAACAAACCGAUUGCGAUAUUGGGGCCGCGCUCUCGGCUUCUCGAGGGUUUGUUAUUUAUUUAUUUUUUGUUGUUAUUUAAUCCUAUUAUACGACCAUCGUUCUUCGGUUGUAUCCAUUGUUUUUUUUUUUUUUUUACCACUACAAUCGUCGUUGCCGUAAUCGUUGUUAUAAAUAUAAGCGUUAUUGUUUUUACUGUUUUCAUCAUAAUCAUCGUUGUCCUUCCGUAUCGCGUUCUUAAUGACCGAGAUCACCCCAAGCCUCUCCCGGAAUCGAAUAUCGUCGUUCAGUGUCUUGCACCAUUUCUGCAGCAGCCCUUCGAUACUACACUAUCACAAGCAACAUAGUGUGAUUAUAUGGAAAUGCUAUCAAAUGGAUAUGGAUGUAUCAAAAAGCGUUCCAAGACACUAAAGCAAUCCUUGUUUGAUUGGAUACUACAUAAGUUUAACAGUUUAUUGAUUAGAACAAUGAGUGAAAUACCUACAGCAUCAACAUCAACAGCAUCAACAUCAUCAGCUUCAACAUCACAAUCUAGUCCUUUUUUGUUUCGCUUAGCCCAUCAAGAUAUAGACAAUUCAACAACUGACGAUUCAUCAGAAUCAUCAUCUGAAGUAUCAACUGAAAGCAGUUUUGAUGAAGAUUCGUCAGAUACUAGCACAAUUUCUAGCACCAGUGACGAAAGUGACGACAACAUGGAUGAUAGAUCUUGGUCAUCCGCUUCAUCAACUACUGUAUCAUGUGAUGAUAAAUUAGGUUCCAAUAAUUCUGAUUCAGAAAAAACUAUUUUAAAAGAGAUGAUCAAAGAAAGCUUGUCUAAUAAAUCAUUAGGCAAUGAUUUAAACCAAGAUUCAACAUCUUUACUUGUAUUCCAGGUCCAGCAAUCUUGCGAAACUGAAGGCCAGGUUCAUGGAUUUGGAGUAGACCUUAUCAAUGUGGAAGAACAUACAAAAAGACUUAAAGAACUCGAGAAAGAAUUAGAUUUCAUAGAAUCAACAGAAUGGAUGUACCGACCAAUAGAUUCAUGCAUUAGAUAACGUCAGCUUUAAUCCCAUUUCAAAUUCGUUAAUUGACAAAAAGUUUUUAACAAAAAUUUGAAAUUUUUAAUAUUAAAAGUAUAUGUAUAUUUAUGAGGGUUUAUAAUGGUUAAUAGUUGUGUGAAUUUAAAUUUAUUGUAUUUUAAUUACCAAUAAAAUGUUUUGAUACUUAGAUCAA